AUGAGUGUUUAUAAGCCUGACGAAGUCGCGAUACGUUACGCAGCGAGCUGCAACCCUCCGAGACGCGCGAAACGUCCCCGCACCGCGUCCACUCUUGGCCCCACUAUUUCCUUCACCGCUACCACUUCCAUCCCCUCUAUCCGCCCAGCUCACGACACACAACCUUCCCUUGCGCACAUCGCCCCUGCUCGCAGCAUGUCCGUCGCCACCAACUCCUCAGAAUAUGAUCCCGACCUGGAGCAACCCACUUCUACCAGUGCUCUAGCCGCCUCGAAUAACGCCGCCACAUCUACCUCCGCUGCCAACCAAGCUAAGCGCCGUGGUCGUAAACCGAGCACACUAUCGCGUGCGGCACGCGAAUCGGCUCGUCGCCAGAACCAUUCGAGGAUUGAGAAAGCACGUCGGACGAAGAUCAACGAUGCGCUUGCUGCACUGCGGGAACUCGUCCCUGCUACUGUCGAGAUUUCCCAUGGAGAUAUUGGGGAAGACGACGAAGAGGAGGAUGAGGAGGAUGACUAUGUAGGGAAUGCGAAGGAGAGCAAGGGAAGGGCUAACAAUAAAGGGAGUAAGGCGGGGAAGGAGAAGGAGUUCAAGUUGGAGGUACUGGAGAGGACGGUGAUCUAUGUGCAAGAGUUGCAGGGUAGGGUCGCAGAGUUAGAGAGGACGAAGUGUUCAGAGUGUGCGACUAAGAUUUUCAACUCGGGCCCCAUGCCAAGCCGCUCAGGGCAGAAGAGGAAACGGGAUGAGCCUGACUUGGAGGAAGAGGAGGCGGAGGAAGCGGGAGAAGAGGAGGAAUGUCCACCCGAGCAAGAGCCUACAUUCCCCGUGGACUACCAAGAGGGCGAUCGCGUUGCUUGUCCGUCGCCCCCCACUCAAUUUCCUCUUUCUCCAGCAAGUUCGACCCGCCGCCACUCUACAGCGAGCCAAAGUAUCGGGUCCUCUCCUUACCUUCUCGCCCACCGCGACGCCAACCUCACGCGCUUACCUUCCAUCAAUACCUGGCUCUCUAUGCCUCAUCACCUUGAUCCUAGUGCCCUUCCCACCACUACAGCUUCCGCUUCUAUCCCUCAGCUCCUCACCCCUCCCCAAUCGACGGAACUCCCGCCCACAAUGGCACAGCAGAUUCCACCGACUUUGUCGCUUGAUCUACCUCCUGCCUCCUCGCGCGCACAAUCUUUCGUCAUGUCGCACUCAUCGGUGACUUCUACUGUCAAUGCCGCCUCACCUCCAGUGAGUGCCGGCUCAAACAGGAGCGGUGGUGCUGCGGGUCACGGACAAGCUUCAUCGCGCACUCCGCCUUUACCAUGGACUCCGGAGGAUGAGAGUGCAGCUUCGUUGUUGUUGCAUAUCAGGAGGGGCAAAACGAGUGAUAAGGAUUCUGCUUCGAUGAAGGAGGUUCAGCAGAUUCAGAGGGUGCAGACGCCCUCGUCGUUAUUGGGAAUGAAGGUCGAUCCGCAUAUGAGGAGGGCCUAGAGUCAAGAUAGGCGUUUUAUUUUUUCCUCUUCUGUUUUUCCUCCUCUCUCUUUCUCUCUUCUUCCUUAUCUCGCACUCUCUUCCUCUCUCUUGGCAAUGAUAUAGACGUGUCUUGAAUUGAAGUUAUUGUUCUUAUAUAUGAAACGACGUCUCAGGUCGUAUAGCACAGUUUGUAUGUGUGUGUGGAGUCAUGACUUGUUGUUUGUGUCGAUGUAUCGUCGUACAGAUAUUCGUUUAC